UUUUUUUGAAUUUCAGAAGUAAUCGUUCUUUUUUUAUCUUCAACUAAGUUUAAUGGACAAUAUGGUUCAUAAGUUGAUAAUCAAAAAUGAAAUUUUUGAACUUAACUCGAAAAACUAAGCGAAGAUAACAAGAAAAAGUGGGUCAUUCUAUUAUGUAACUUGGAAAGAUACAAUAGAUUACAAAACUUUCACAGAUUUCUCGCUUUUGUCAUUUAUAAUAGGGGGGGAUAAAUAAACAAAAUUACCAUACAAAUGACUAUAGAAUUUGAAAAAAGAAAAUUAGAGAAAAAUAACUUUGAGAUUGAUGUAUCAAUUGCUUGUUGAGCUUAGGAGAAUGUGAAAGCAUAAUUCAAAUAAGUUUAUUAGGGGAAAUCUUGGCUUUGUGUAGCUAUAUAUAUAUAUAUAUAUAUAUAUAUAUAUAUAUGUCACUUCAGAUUAUCUCUGUUUAUUUAACUUUAAGUUUGCCACCCAAUCAAUCAGUUUAUAGUAAUUAUUUCUAACCAAUAAGAAAUUAGGAGGGAUUAUGCAAAUUAUAAGGGAAUGUUUUAUAUUCCCGUAUUCUACUUGAUUGUUUCAGAAUUAUGCAAAGAUAAUACUUUUACAUGAAAUAAAGCUUCAUCCAUUGUCUGGGAUGUUUUUUUCGUUUUAUGUGUUGGACAUUAUUUAAUGAACUUAUUACGUAAUAAAGGUUUUGUACAAAAUAAUUUUUGAAAAACAAAGAAGAUGAGUUAUCAACAUUCUGAGAAAUCUGUGAAGAAUGAAGCAUUUGCUUGAUCCCAUGUGAGAGCUUGUUUUGUGACGCAGUUGGAUGCUUUUCUCAAUGUGUGUCCUAUCAACAAAAUAUGAGUAAACUUAUCGAAAUUUCGCAUGUCUGAAACCAAAUAAAAUCUGCUACAAGAAAAACUCCACCAAAUUAUAAGAAUAAAAAAUUUCACUUAAAUACAAAUUCUGAUUUGUCUGAAAAUAGUUGUUAUACAUCGAAAGCAGUAUCAUCAUCAGUGACAUUAACAUCAUCGACUUCAUCAACUCCAUCAUUACAAAGAAAAAAAUCAUCAACUAUCAUAGAUCAUAAUCAAAAAUCUAUAAGAGAUUUCAAAUAUACCACUGAAAAUAGAAGAAGAGAAUACAGAUCACCAACAAAUAUACAUCAUCGAUCUAGUGGAAUUCAUGAUUUUAUACACUUAAGUCUACCUAUAUCUGAACCAAUUUUUACAUCAGAUGAAUCUUAUUCAUUAUCAUCAUCAUCUCUACCGGUAACACCAUUACCUUCAACUAUAUAUAUAACAGACAGAUAUCCACCAAAUUUGAAUAAUAUUUUGAGAGCAUCAAGUUUUGAUAGUCGUUUUACAAAUGAAUUAAAUGAUAAUAAUAGUAUACACUCUAAUUAUCCAUCAAAAGCAAAUUUAUACAGACAUACUGAAUUAAAAUCACUGUGUAGACAAAUGGCAAGCUGUGAUAAUACUGAUAAUGAAAAUCCCAAUCAAAAUCACUCAAUAACAUCAGUUAUAAAACGUAGUUAUUUGACUAUUACACCGUCGAUAGAAAUUAGUUUGGUUAAUGAUGAAGAUAUGAAUAAUGAUGUUGAUAUUGAUAAUGAUAAUAAUAAUAACGAUGAUGAACACAACGUUUAUAAGAGAGAAAAAGAUAAGUUCAUUCCAGAACUUACAUUAUAUUCUAAAACAUCAAGAGGUCGAAUAAACUCAAAUCAUUUGUCGAUGCACAAUAAUCUAUCCACUUCAUCGCAUAUUGAUGUAAACAAUACUGAUGAUAAUAAUGAUAUGUGUUAUCAACAUUAUUUGGAUGAUAAUAAUUCUACUGAUCGCAUCCGAGCUCGAGCGCUGUCCAGCCAACAAUUACAUACACAAAAUAAUUUAGACAUUAGACUAGAAACGAAUACAUGCAAUCUUGCUAAUACCAGUAAAUGUAGUUAUAACAGUAGUAGCAGACGUGGUAAAUUAGUGAGACAAUCACGUUCCUUUCAGAAUCCUGCUGAUCAUUUGAAUCCAACAAAUAAUAACAGUACUAACAUAGAUUCUUCAUCAACUAGUACUCUUUACAAUCAAAAUAAAUCUAAUCAAAUGAAUACAUCAACUAUUGGUAAUAUCAUGGAUGAGUUUGAUUAUUUUUGUCAUAUAGCUAAUGUUCAUAGAGACCAAGAGAAAAAACGAUCUGCCAUAAAAACAUCAUUACAUCCUACAUUAUCCACUACCAAUAUUCGGAGUCAUUCAAUGCGUGAAACUAGUCUAGAAAGACAAAAAUGUAUUAUUGAUUAUGGUAAUAACAAUAGUGGAAGUAUAUCGGACACAAAAAGCAUAAGAUCAAAUAAAACAAGUUAUUUAAAACCUCCUGGAAAAGGUCAACUUAGAAGAGCUAGUACUGAAGAAGAUCCCUUAAAUAAGUCAUCAUUAUAUAAACGUCCUUUGACAGCAACAUUAAGCUAUACAUCAAUGACUAAUAGUUAUUCAAAUCUAUGUUUAACUCCACCAAAAUCUGUACCAUCUGUUCCCUAUGCAAUGGAUGAUAUUAGUAAUCCAACAAGUCCAUUAGGUGUACCGUUAUCAUUGGAUUCAGUAUUUGCUGAUGAACCAGGACUAACAUUUUAUCAAGUACAAGUUUUAGGUGUAUCCGGUGUUGGUAAAACUUCACUAUGUCAUCAGUUGGCAGCAUUAGUGCAUGGAAAUUCAUCAAGUUGUGAUCCUGAUGAAAUGGAUAACAAAUUAGAUGUUUACUCAAUAACUACUGCUCUGUGGGGUUCAGUAUAUACAGUGAAUUUUGUAGAUACUUCAGCAGAGAACUUUGAAACAAAUCUUGAAGUUCAAAUACGUGAUUGUAUCGAUGCAUUCCUUGUUGUCUAUGCUAUUGAUGAUCAAAAUAGUUUUGAAGCAGCUAGAUUAAUCGUUAAUGCUUUGACACCAUUGAAUGAUACAAGGCAAUGUCCAACGUUGUCAUCAUCAAAAGCACUGAAUAGUCCAAUAUCAGUCGUACCUGGAUUAAUCUAUCUUGUUGGUAAUAAAUCAGAUUUAGUCAGAGGUAGACAAGUAUCUAUUGAUGAUUUACAAUCGAAAUAUGAUCGAACAAGUUGGUUUUUCAAUUAUGUUGAUAUUAACAUUGUCCUGGAUGAUUUACCUAACUGAUAUCGUUAAGUAUGGUAUAUGAAAUGCAUAUUUCAAUCAUUUUUCAGUGAGAGUAUGAAGGAAUCUAUUGUUUGAAUACAUGAUACUUUACUUGGGAUGAUAUGUCAAAAAGAAAUUACCAAAUAAUAGACCAUGAAUUAUUUUAUAUUCAGGAAUUUAUAACACACAUUUUCACUAUAAGGAAAAAACUGUUCGUUUAACUUUCGAUUCGACCAGUUAGCUACGUUUUGAUGGUCACCAAAUUAAGAUAAAUUUGAUGUACAGAGUAGUAAGCAUCUUCAAAUAUAACUUACUUGCUUACUUACGCCUGUUACCCCUCAUGGGGAAGCAUGGAUUGCACACCAGGAUUCUCCAUCAAAUUCUAUCCUGGGCAAUCCUCCCUAGUUGUUUCCAAUGGCCACUCAUUCUUUUGACGUCUGCUUCUAGUCAUCGACAGAAUGUGUUUAACUGCAAACAUGAAGUCAAAAGUACUUGAAGAAAGCUUUUUAUUUGCAAAUGUUAUGGUUCAAUCAGGCAAUAUUUGCAACUUCAAUUAAGCACCUAUACUUAUGUUACAUCAAUGGAAAACAGUUUAUUGACAUUUCGGAUUAAGUAAUGAUGACUUUUCAG